GCUGAAAAAAAACAAACAGCCUUCACUGCCAGCAUUGUUCUCUGCAACAGAAAAGCAAAACAGGAAACUCAGAGCCCAUUUCCUUUCGAGCCACCUUUGGACUUCAUGUUUGAUCAUUUUCUUCAUCACAUUUGAUUUCAAAAAAUCUAGCUGGGACAAUGUUUAUUCAUUUUAUUCUUCUGGUUUCCUACUCACUUACUUUUCUGUGCACCCACCAAGUGUCCAGCUUUGAUCCUAGCUGCACAGAGUUUCCUGUGUUCACUCCAUCUGCACUGGUAGUGAAGUACGGUGACCCAGCCAAUGUUACAUGUGAUGCAUGUCAGAAGGACUGCAGGGGAGAUUCUUUUGGUUUGGAGACACCUGUAGGAGAAGUUAGACAAAAUGGAACCACGAUGAUCUGGACGGUUGACAGACUGACUGAAUGGGACACAUAUCUCAUCUGUUAUUAUAACACUGAUGAUGGUGAUCAGUGUACUAGCACUGUGGAUAUAACCAUCUACCAGCCUCCAGAAAGUGUCUCCAUCAGCUUUGUAAACCACACUGGGAUGAUGUUUGAGAAUCAGCAGUACACCCUGCAGUGUAGCGUACAGAACGUAGCUCCUGUUCAGAGCCUCACUGUGACCUUCUACAGAGGAAACACAGCACUGGGUCACCUACAGUCCAACAGUGAACAGAAGAAACCAGUGAAUGAGACCUUUACUCUGAACAUCACUCCCAGUAGAGAACAUGAUGGAGCCCAGUACUGGUGCGAAACCAAGCUGGAGCUGGGACCAGAUGGACCACAGCGCCCUCCAGUGGUGACAUCAGAAAAACUCCCUGCUAUAGUUCACUAUGGGCCUGAGCUAAAGGAGCCACCAAAUCCAGAUGUGAUCACAAUCACAGAAGGAGACACUCUACACCUGAACUGCUCCUCUGUGGGAAACCCCAGCCCCUCAUACACCUGGACACUUCCAACAAAUAGUCCUUCCUACAGUGUCAGCGUUCUCACUAUUAAAUCUGUCGGCUUUGAGCAUGAAGGACAGUAUAUCUGCACUGUGAGCAACACAGUAGGGACUGUCACCAAGGAGUUUAACAUUGAUGUACAAGUCAACUCCAUCCCAUAUAUAAUAGCUGGGAUGAUACUGGGAGCUCUGGUCCUUGUCGGACUGUCAGUGGGAUGCUACUGCAAACACAACUGAAUGGGAAACUACAAACUCAAUAAAAUUAUUGUUACUGACAGCUGAAGAAAUGACUGGUUAAAAUACUUGUUAAUAAAUGGUUAAAAUGUAUUUUUGAUACUGAUUCUGAUGAGCAGCUUGUAACUGUCUAUCUUCUGUAAGUAAACUUGUUGUGUCACGAUCCUGGGUCUUUUGACCCAGCGUUUUGAGUUUUAGUUUAUGUUCAUGUUUAUGGUUUAUGUUUAAGCCUUUUAGGUUUUCUAAGUUCAUUUUUUAUCAUGCCGAGGUUGUUAUAGUUCUUUGUUAUUAGAUUUCCCUUGUGACUUCCAACCCCUGUUCAGUCUCCCUAGCCCUUCAUGUGUUUCAUGUCUGUGUCUUAUGUUGUCAAGUUCAGGUUAUCAUGUCUGCGUCUUAUGUUUCCUGUCUUAUUUUGAAGAGGCCUUGUGUUUCUAUGGUCAAUGUGUUUAGUUUUACUCUUCCUCUGUGAUGUCGUUAUGGUCAUGUGUGUCAGCUGUUUCCCCAUGUGUUCCCACUUCCCUCAUUAUCCUCCUGUGUGUAUUUAGUCUGUGUGCUUUCACUUUUUCUUUGUCGGAUCGUCUGCGUGGUUCCCAUGCCAUGUCCUGCGUUCAGGUUUUUCAUAUAUCCUCAUCACGUUGCCAUAUUUAGAGUUUGUUUGUUUUUUCUAUUUGCCAGGGUUUUUCAUGGUUCAUGUUUCCUUUCUAGUUUACCCAGUUUAGGUUUAGGUUAUUGCUUAGUUUGCAUUGUUUUCGCCCUUUUAUUUUGUACUGUUCUGUCUGCUUUAAUAAACGGCUCAUCAUCAGUUAA